UCCCAUGCCGUUUAAAGUUAUUAAUAAACCAUGUCAAGUGAAACCAAGGAAAAGAUUGCUGCUUGUGAAGUAUACAUCAAUGAUGUAUUAAGGGAAAGCCUUAAAUCAAUUGAAGACUGUUUAAGAAAAGUCAAUCAAGAAAUCACAGAGUACAUCGACUUAAAACACAGCUUAGAACAUAUCAAAAAUGAACCUGAAAAGCCUUUCAAAAGCCAAAUGGACAUCGGUUGUGGAUUCCACAUACAAACUAGAGUUGACAAUGUAUCCCAAGUGCUAAUUAAUAUUGGUUUAGAUAUAUAUCUUGAAUUUGCAGUUCCAGAUGCUAUAACUUUUCUCAAUAAUCGAAUUAGGAAAUUAACGGAGCAUACAGAAAAGUUAAGAGAUAAAUCAGCUAAAACCAAAGCACAUAUUAAGCUUUUGUUAGUUUUUAUUGGUCAGAUGGAAAACUUAUGAUUUAAAAUCACAAUAAUUAUUGAAGAAAAUAUA